AUGGCUAACGGAGGGAUCAGGGCCGAUUCUAGUUUUUCUUCUCGUUCGCUACCCGAAAGGUCUGUGGAGGCCAGCUCGGAGGAGACCUCCGGCAGAUCGGAGUCUUCGUCCUCUAGUUCUUCUUCCAUCAGGGUUCCCUCGGUCGUAGUGCGGGGAACGGCUCAGACCUGGGAGGUGGUCCCGCCUUCUCGCAAAGCGGUAAAGGGAAAACGACCUGGGGCGUCGAUAGGUGGAGCCAUGGUUAGUUCGACCCCUCUGAUCCGUAUUCCGAAUCCUCAAACUCUGGAGACUAAGAGAAAAGGGGAGAGGCUGGACUUGCCGCCGAGCAAGAAA